ACAUUCAUACCUGGUGAUAGGUACAUUGACCAAUCAAGAACAGAAGAGAUUAAGACCAAUGGAGAAGCAGUCUGAACAAGAUUCGGACGAGAAACAAUGCAGAAUCUGCUUGGAUGGGGUCUCAGCUGAGCGAGAACUCGGGCGCCUCAUUUCGCCUUGUCAGUGCAAGGGGUCAAUCAGAUACGUCCAUGUGAAAUGCCUACAGCGAUGGCGAAAAGCUGCAGCAUCCAACCGGAGCGCGUUCUUCGCAUGCCCUCAAUGUCAUUAUCGGUACCGUUUCGCCAGAACUCAGGUGGUGGGUCUGGCAACCAAUCAGUUCAUUGUGGCACUGCUCUCGGGUUUGGCAUUCACAGGACUCGUCAUGUUCGCCUCCGCUAUCACUAGCUACUUCAUGCCAUGGUUUGAAGAACCAGUCGACUAUUCGUGGUCAUUCUUCAGGAUAGUCUCUCCGCUCGAUGUAGCACGAGACCUCAUUACCGCUGCUUUUCAAAUUCUCCGUGAUAGUGAUGUCGGAGGGAUCCUGGAGGACGAUGGGCUUCCACCACCGACCCCACGUUUUCGGUACUCGAGUGCCUAUCACGAUCUCUCACAGUCUCGCCCAGGAAUUGUCAUGAGAUUCCUCCGACGCUUUUUGUUGGGUCUACCCCUGGUUGGGGCGGUCUCGAUAGUGCACCUACUAUUGUCUUUCCAAGCCCUUGCUCCGGUUCACUGGCUGGCUCGAUAUCGUGGUGCGCGGAGACGAAAUGGCAACGACCGAGAUAUCGCUACCUUGAUCGUGGUUGCACUAAUUGUCGCCGGCUCUGCGAGGGCUCUGUACAAGAUUUACCAGAAAAUUGAAGAGUUUGUUAGGUCCUUGCUCACCAUGGCCGAGGAUGCAAUCCUGGAGGUGAACGGCUAAGGAUCAGCGGGUUCGCCUCGCAAAAUCGGCGUGAGUUGCGAGGCGCUUUGGGGGUGCUUUCAGAUUCAUCUUU